CUUGUAGCUGAUAAGCAUCGAUCGACAAGUACUCCCGUCAUUGUGCAAGCAUAUCCUCCUCGUAUGCUUUAAAAGACCCAAGCCGCUCCACAGAUAUAACAUUGGGUUCCUUCCUACUUGCUCUCGCAAGUUCAUCCGGCUUGUCUUGCUUUAAUCUUGCUCCAGAGCUCCGAAUCCUUUCAUUCUUUCAAGGAAAGAUGGUGGAUGUUGAUGUUGAUCAGGCCAUCCUGGAUGGGUUCCAGGAGGGCAUUUCGCUGGGCCUCGGGAUGAUCCCGGUUGUGGGCUCCUUCGUGCAAGCCAUAUUCGGGCAUGUGUGGAGCAUUGCGUUCGCGGGGCGCACCGCGGAGCAGAACAAGGCCGCUAUGGAUUCGCUGUUCGAGGCGGUGGGGAAGAUGAUCGAGCAAGCUCUGGCUGAAAACAUCGCGGAUCAAGCAAGAGCUGCCAAUGCCACCAUCUCCCAGCUGGGCCAGGACUACUACGUCUCGGUCGAGGCCUUCAAGGACGAUAACUCGGUCGGCACCCAGAAGAUCGUGGUGCGAUUCGAGAACUGCAAGGCCCAGCUCCUCCAGAUGCUCAAUCUCUUCUCCCAGCCCAGCUACAUGAAGCACACACUCCUCUCUUACGGAUCCGCGCUCGCAUUGUACUCAACGCUGCUCCGCGAGAUGAUCCAAAGCGCCAAAGAUUGCGGCUACUCAGCCUCGGAGGUGGCCGACUUCCAGAGAGACAUCAAUGACCGGAUCAAAUCCGCGCUCAACCAAGUCAUGUUCGAUGCUCUCUCCAAGCUAGUGAAAGAAGGGGGGGAAUUCAAGUACCCCAGCAUGGCCAGCGUCGCCAUGAGCCUCUUCCAGAUCUCUGCCGGCGUGAUGAACUUCCACACCGAAUGGCACAACGGCGCGGCUUGCCUGAUCGCGAAGCCCCACGAGUACUACGAUGAUUGCGACCUUGUGGAUACCAAGGCGCACUACCAGCUCAACUUCCGCCCCAAGGUCGGUGUAGAGAAGAACUUCUAUGCGAUGCCCCAGGUGUUCGUCAGUGGUCGUCCGGCAAUCCAUAUCUACACGAAGCCCGAGCAGGAGAUCCAAGUAGCGCGCUUCGUGUUCGAGGAGGACAACGUGGAUAUGAAAUUCAGGGCGUACUACAUGGUUGAUGGUGACGACUAUGACUCUUGGGAAGUGUUGGUGAACCUCAGCAGCCAUUCCAAUCCUCAGGAGCUUCAAUUCACCCUUAGCAAGCGUCAAUCCGCCAUUGUGUCUUUCCCGUGGGUGAAGAUGUACUACUCCAACACAGAGGGAGGUGCUUGGAGCACCCAUUAUGACAAGUUCAGCACCAAUAUGAGGGUCUACUAUGAUGAGUACAAUUCGUUCAAGCCAGAAAACAGCAGGUCAUACACCAUCACCACAAAGGCUGCUGGGUCUGCAACUAAAAAUUACUACUUGAUCGCAUUUGAAGUUGUUCCUACCAAUGCUCCAAAGUUGCCAUGGCUGUGAUUUAUGAAGUCUUAAGUUGGAUAUUUGGAAAUACUAUAUUGUUAUACGAAGACAUGGCCGAAAACAUGGACGACGUAGCACAAUAAUAACAAUCAUCACAGUGUUUCUAAAUCCUGAACGUUGUUAAACUAUAUGAAUAAAUAUUUUCUUCUUUCAAA